AUGAUUGGCGGCUUGUCCGUGGAGAUUGCUGCUAUGGACAGCAGGUGUCCCCUGGUCCUGGCAGCUGUCAUCAAGUGUGUGUGGAGCCUGCUGACCACUUACUCCUUCUGCUCCGCCUUCAGGACUUUGCCCCAGGAGCCAGACUUCAGCUGGGUGUGGGGCAAUGUGCACUUGAUUAAAAACUUAUCUCCAGAAGACAAGGUGAAUUAUAGCGACCAGUUAACAUUCAAGUUCCCCAAACUGUGCAUAUUUUGGUACGGACCCUUCAACCCAGUGGUCUUCAUUCACCACCCGGACACAAUCAAACCAAUUACAAAAAUCGCAGGGCCCAAAACCCCUUUCUAUGACUACGGACUGCCAUGGCUCGGGGAGGGGCUGCUGAUCGCUAAGGGAGCGAGGUGGGCAAGCCGGCGCCUGCUGACCCCUGCCUUCCACUACGACACACUCAAACCUUACGUUGACCUCAGCAACAGAGGCUGCGACAUCCUCCUGAACAAGAUUCAGCUCUCCGUUGAUAAGAAGAAGAGUAUAGAGAUGUUCAGCAACAUCAGUCUCUGCACUCUGGACAUUAUCCUCCAAUGCGCCAUGUCCUACAAAGAUGAUUUUCAACUCAAAGGAGAAUCCAUCCUUAUGUAAGCAGUUGCUGAACUCACUGAGCUCUGGGAGGAUCGGAUAAGAAACCCGUGGCUACGGUCUGAUGCCAUCUAUUUCUUGACCAGCGAGGGCCGGAAGUUUAAACGCUGCUGUGACUUCGCACACUCCAUUGCGGAUGACGUCAUCCGUGCACGUCAAGAGAGUUUGGCGAGAGACGGACCUCCAGAAAAGCGCUACUUGGACUUUUUGGAUGUCCUCCUCAUGGCCAGGGACGAGAAUGGCAAUGGACUGACUGCGAAGGAAAUUCGGGAUGAAGUAGACACGUUCAUGUUUGAGGGUCACGACACCACUGCCAGCGCCAUCACCUGGACGCUGUACUCACUGGCCAAACACCCCGGGUACCAGCGCAAGGUGCAGGCGGAGCUCGACCUGUUGAUGGAAGGGCGAGAAUCCCAGGACAUCACGUGGGCUGACCUGUCCAAACUGGACUUCCUGACUCUCGUCAUCAAGGAAGGCAUCCGCCUACACAGCCCCGUGCCCUCGGUAGGCCGACAGCUAACGGAACCGCUCACUUUGGAGGGUAUAACAUUCCCCCAGGGUACUUUUUGCUUCCUGAAUCUCAUCUCCAUCCACCACAACCCCACAGUGUGGGAAGACCCGCUGACCUUUCGUCCCGAGCGGUUUCUUCCGGAGAACAUGAAAGACAAGGACAGCCACGCCUUCAUUGGCUUUUCAGCAGGACCAAGAAAUUGCAUCGGGCAACAUUUUGCGAUGAACGAAAUGAAGGUGGUUCUUGGACGUCUUUUGGAAGAUUCGACUUUUCCCUUGACGACAGCCACAAGGUAGAGAGACAUGCUGCGGCUGUUAUGCGCGCGCAGAAUGGAAUCUUCAUGUUCGCCACACCUCGAGCUUCCAGCAACUAACCUGCAUCAUGAAGCAGCAAACUUACCUUCUACUUUAAUUAAAAGUCCCAGCAGUGAAGUUUUUCACUUACUUUUUCUAGGUUUUAUUUCAAGGGAUGUUUACAAGGACAACCUGCAGUAGGAACACGGUUUGUACAUUGGCCCGCAGCUGUAUUGUCUGUAUUGUCCCUUGCUCCAUAGAAUGCUGUCUGACCACAGUCUUUGAAUGGAAGUGGCACACUGUGUCUAAAUUAUUAGUGGCAGGGAGAUGGAGGGUGUUACUGGUCUUGAAGACACGAAAGCCUUGAUCCUCAAACUUUGAGGCUGCAUUGUCUCCAAACAGUCUUCCUUCUUACCAGUCUACCCUUAGCCAUCUUUGUGUUCUUCCUUCAGACUGUCAGUAGAGGGCUCGAACGCAACACCCUCACAUCUGUCAUUUUUCUGUGUAUUAAAUUUUUUUGUUAUUGGC